AAAUUUACCUAGGUAAAUAGCAGCCAAUUGAUUAUGAGUUGUCAGGCAAUUAUGACUUAUCGCUUCUACUGACUCGCUGACUCAGUAGAAGUAGACUUUAGAGGUUUAAGAUUUUCGUAUUCACCUUAGCUUUAUUGUUAAACAUCAGUCGAUAUAUAUUUAUAAGUCCUAGAAUACAUCUUCAGUUCUAGAAAUGAACAAAACAAUCUGGAAACUUAUUUUCACACUGUAUGUCUUGACUCCAGUGUCAGGGUACAGUUCAAUGUCGGAAAAAUUAGAAGGACUGCUGUUGUCGUUGGAUAAACUUAUUUAUUACUACGAACAACAUAGCAGUGAAUUUAAUUUUGAUGGUAUAUUUGGCCUUAUACCUUUAAAAGGAGCCCUUGAAAGUAUUACUGAUGAAUCUUUGUAUGAAAACUAUGAAGAUGUCAAGUUCGCGUUGUUACCACUGAUGAGGAAACUUAAGAUUCAACUUUCGAGGAUAAACGCGAUCAUUAGGGAAAGUGUGAAACUCUUUGAAAAGACAAGAGACCCCUACUUUAUGAAAAUGGGUCAACUUUUGGCACUGAAAUGGACUUUUCCCAGUAGGAACAUCCUGUAUUCUUUUUCGUCAAAUUCAUUAUUCAUACCAAGCGUGCAAAAUAUUUCUAGUGAUGAUUGUAUUAUUCAGCUACUAAAUGCCAACCAUUAUGGGACUUUUGAUUGUCAUCUUUCAAUGAAGUGUAUCCUAAAGCUCAUGAACUUUCACUCUCGUGGUUAUGAAUUGACUCACCAAGUUCUAUACAUUCUAAUUUCACAUCAAGUUAAUUGUACUGAUUCCCUGGAUGCCUUACAAAAUAAACUGUGUUCAAUUUUGUUUAGAGACUUCGUUAAAUUGUUUCUGCGUGUGGAGAUGAUCCCUCAAAAUCGGGAUAUUUUACUUGAAAAAAUGUUUGUGUGCGGAGGUCUUGGUUACGAAAAUUUUAUUCAGUUUUCUAUUCUGAGCAGAAUUUUAUCGUGGCAACAGCCUUCUGGAUGUUUUAUUUCUUCAGGUCCAGCAGGUGAAAAAAGCGAGCAUAGAAAUACUAAAAUCAUGUUUCACGAACGCCAUCCCCUUGUUGAACGCAGACACGCAGGCUCUGUUCUUACCAUUGACUCUCACUGGUUCCGCUCUUUUGAGUUCACUUUUGAAAAAUUUGCAUCAACAUUCCAAACUGUUUAAUUCCACCGUAAAAUCAACAUUUUACCAAGUGUUUAUUCUGAGCUCCCUAAAAGUUCACUUUGUGUGCUUAUUAUUGUAUUUUGAAUGUUUCACUAUUGUGCAAAACAUAUGGUUGUCUAUCACAUAUGACUUCUGUGGCUGCCGCUGUGAUGGGUCUGUAUUUGAGGGCGUUUUUCAUCCCCACAGGGUACAUGGAUGGAUAUUCAACCGAUUCAAUGCCUAUUAUAUGGAAAGUGUUUUUGGUCAGAUCAUAUACUUCACUUCCAAAACUGAUAGAAGAUGAUGAUAAUCAAAGUGGAAUUUCAAAUCAAAAUAUAUUAAACUCAUUUUCAAAUCGAUUAAUACAUGUUAAAGGACCAAUAUAUUUACCAACCCGGAACCCAUUUAGUUUAAGUUAUUCAACCCAUUUUCAAGAAAAACUGCACGAAAUAAAUUCAGAUUUUUUAUUUGUUAGUAUUUUACUCUUCUGUUCUAUUUGUAUUUUUCUCUACUUAUUAUUACGUAGUUUUAUAGUCUACUGUGGGCUUUUCAACUCGUCAAAACCAUCUUUAAAAGUAUAAGUAACAGAAAAGAAACUGUACUCUACCAUUUAUCAUUCAUAUUUCGUUCUUUUCAACUUACCAUUCGGUUAUUCUAAAUGAAAUUUUGUAAAAACAUUUAACUGUGAUAAAAAUUUAUCUUUUAAUAGAAAAAAUAUAUUAUAAUUUUGUUCGUA